AUGGGUUCAGCUCAUCCCGAUUCGGAGGUGUAUCCAAAGGCCACCGGCCCUGCUGCCCGCAUCGUAGCUGAGCAUCUGGCUGACGCGCCCAUCACCCUCUACUCUGGCUGGUUUUGCCCUUUUGUGCAGAGGGUCUGGAUCACUCUAGAGGAGAAGAAGAUUCCUUACAAAUACGUGGAAAUCAAUCCUUAUCACAAAGACCCAAGUUUUCUCAAGCUGAACCCGCGUGGCCUCGUGCCAACCCUGGGAGCACCCCAAAAGGACGGAUCCCAAAAGCCAUUGAUUGAAUCCAACAUCAUUUCGGAGUAUCUGGACGAGUCCUUCCCGGAGCAAACACCGCUGUUCCCCAACGAUCCUUACGAAAAGGCUCGUAUGAAGAUAUGGAUCGACCACGUCACCAGCAGAAUCUUGCCUGCUUUCCAUCGAUUCCUCCAACACACCGACAAGAGCCCGUAUCCGCUGGAGAAAGCCAGAUCGGAGUUUCGGGACACGCUGAAAACGUGGAUCAAAGAAGCGGACCCAGAAGGGCCUUUCUUUCUUGGUAAGGAGCUCAGUUACGCAGAUGUAUGUCUGGCUCCGUGGGCGGUGAGGCUGUGGGUAUUUGACCACUUCAAAAAGGGAGGUCUCGGAAUACCUGAGGUGGGUGCCGGAGGUGAGGACGAUCAGGUGUGGGAUCGAUGGCGAAAAUGGACCACGGCCAUCGAGUCCAGGAAAUCGGUGACUGAAACCCUGAGUGACCGCGAACAUUACUUGCCCAUCUACCAGCGAUAUGCUGAGGACCGGGCGCAGAGCGAGUUGGCCAAGGCCACACGCGAAGGGAGAGGCGUGCCGUGA